ACUUCAUCCCGUUAGAAGCAAAAAAGGAAAGUGUUUUUAUUGAUUCUUUGUACUUGACCGUUAACAAAUAACACCACAUAUCGUCGGAUCAUAAAGAGAAGAAGUUAAUUCCACCAGCCACUCGUCACCACCAGGCUGUUCCCGAAGUUCCCAAAAGGCAAAAUCCCCCGUUGCCUCCUCCCAAAAGAGAAAUUAAUUAAAACUCUCGUUUUUACAGGGAGAGAGAAAAAGGGUCCGGACCGGAGCCAUUUCGCCCGGGCCCCACCAACUACAACUUCCGCCACCGCCGCCGCCGCCCGUUCCGCCACCACAAGUCCACCGCCGCCGACUUCCCCAGCUAAGCUAAAAAGCUUCUCAACUCUUCCCACUCCCGAAAAAACUUUUCUGACGUGAUCUUCGCUUUCCCUUCUUCCUCACCCCCCUUGCUGGCUUCGCCUGCAACAAUGGGUUCCAAGCCGUGGUUAUACCCGGCUCCCGCCUAUCGCUCCCUAGAAACCUACUGGGACACCGACGACGACGCCCCUGGCCCCAGAUGCGGCCACACCUUGACCGCCGUCGCAGCUACCAAGACUCACGGCCCCCGCCUCAUCCUCUUCGGCGGCGCUACUGCCAUCGAAGGCGGCGCAUCUUCCUCCGCACCUGGCAUCAGAUUGGCUGGAGUGACCAAUUCAAUUCAUUCUUACGACGUUCUCACUAGAAAAUGGAUUAGACUUCGACCAGCUGGAGAUCCGCCUUCUCCGAGAGCCGCCCACGCUGCUGCCGCUGUUGGUACUAUGGUUGUCUUUCAGGGUGGCAUCGGUCCUGCUGGGCAUUCCACUGAUGAUCUCUAUGUACUUGACUUGACCAAUGACAAGUAUAAAUGGCAUCGAGUGGUUGUACAAGGGCAGGGUCCGGGACCUCGAUAUGGCCAUGUAAUGGAUUUGGUUGGCCAAAGAUUCCUAGUUACCGUCAGUGGCAAUGAUGGCAAAAGAGUUCUAUCUGAUGCUUGGACCUUGGAUACUGCUCAGAAACCAUAUGCGUGGCAGAGGCUGAAUCCUGAAGGUGAUAGACCUUCUGCUAGAAUGUAUGCAACAGCCAGUGCUCGCUCAGAUGGCAUGUUUUUGCUUUGUGGCGGUCGAGAUACCUCUGGCACGCCUCUUGGGGAUGCUUAUGGACUUCUAAUGCAUAGAAAUGGUCAGUGGGAGUGGACCCUUGCCCCUGGAGUGUCUCCUUCACCUAGGUAUCAACAUGCUGCAGUUUUCGUUGGUGCUCGCUUGCAUGUAACAGGCGGUGUUUUAAGAGGAGGACGUGCUGUGGAAGGUGACGCAGCUAUUGCAGUACUGGACACUGCUGCUGGUGUUUGGCUGGAUAGGAAUGGGCUCGUAACUUCAUCAAAAAGUGGCAGGGGACCGGCUGAACAUGAUCCUUCUUUGGAGCUAAUGCGGCGUUGUCGUCAUGCAGCUGCUUCUGUGGGUGUUCGUUUAUAUGUAUAUGGAGGUCUGAAAGGAGAUCUGCUUUUGGACGACUUCUUGGUUGCGGAAAAUUCUUCCCUUCAGCCUGAUGGAAAUUCCCCUGUAACGAGCCCCAGAGUAAAUAACACUAGUUUUGGUUCUCAUGAUGGUGAAGCAGAGAGCCCUUCUUUUGGUAGUGUCAGCCUGGAUAAUAACUCAAUGGAGAAACUGAGGGAGGCCUCUGCAGCUGAAGCCCAAGCGGCUAGUGCUGUGUGGCAAGCUGCUCAGGCAGCAUCUAUUAAUUCAGCUGAAGAAACUUCAGUGUCUGAUGACAACUCACAGGCAGCUGAGGCGACCUCUGAUGGUAGUGAGGUGGAGGCUGAUGUCCGCCUUCAUCCUAGAGCUGUUGUAGUUGCUAAAGAGGCUGUAGGCAACUUGGGUGGCAUGGUGAGGCAGUUAUCAUUGGAUCAAUUUGAAAAUGAAAGCAGAAGGAUGGUUCCCACUACUAGUGAUACACCAAAUCCUGCCAAAAGGUUCAUGAGGCAGAAGUCUCCUCAGGGUUUGCCCAAAAAGGUUAUAUCUACAUUGCUUAGGCCUCGGAACUGGAAAGCUCCUACAAAUAGGAGGUUUUUUAUGGAUUCCUAUGAAAUUGGUGAACUUUGUUAUGCUGCUGAGCAGAUAUUCAUGCACGAACCUACAGUUCUUCAGCUGAAAGCUCCAGUGAAGGUGUUUGGCGACCUCCAUGGACAAUUUGGUGAUUUGAUGCGUCUCUUUGAUGAAUAUGGAUUUCCUUCCACAGCAGGAGACAUUACGUAUAUCGACUACUUAUUUCUUGGAGACUAUGUUGACCGUGGACAGCACAGUUUGGAGACUAUAACUUUACUUCUUGCUCUUAAGAUUGAGUAUCCCGAAAAUGUUCAUCUAAUACGAGGAAACCAUGAAGCGGCUGACAUCAAUGCGCUCUUUGGUUUUCGCAUUGAAUGCAUUGAGAGAAUGGUAUUUUAAAUUGUAACCUUGAUUAUGCAACCUGCACAAUGGAGAAUACAGCUAACAAGUGUCACUUCCAGGGAGAGAGUGAUGGGAUAUGGGCAUGGACGCGGUUCAAUCAACUUUUCAACUAUCUUCCACUUGCUGCACUUAUUGAGAAGAAAAUUAUUUGUAUGCAUGGGGGAAUUGGUAGAUCUAUUACUUCAGUGGAACAGAUAGAGAAACUUGAGAGGCCCAUAACCAUGGAUGCAGGUUCCAUAAUACUGAUGGAUCUUCUAUGGUCUGAUCCUACUGAGAAUGAUAGUGUCGAAGGCUUGAGGCCCAAUGCCAGAGGUCCUGGUCUGGUCACCUUUGGGCCUGACCGUGUAUCAGAUUUUUGCAAGAAGAACAAGUUACAGCUGAUCAUUAGAGCGCACGAGUGUGUUAUGGAUGGGUUUGAACGGUUUGCUCAAGGGCAGUUGAUUACGCUAUUUUCAGCUACAAACUAUUGCGGAACUGCAAACAAUGCAGGGGCCAUCCUAGUGGUGGGACGUGGAUUAGUUGUGGUGCCGAAGUUAAUCCACCCUUUGCCACCACCCCUCCAAUCCCCUGAAACAUCUCCGGAGCGCAUCACUGAUGACACAUGGAUGCAAGAACUUAACAUACAGAGACCGCCAACCCCGACACGUGGUCGCCCACAAUCUGAACUUGACAGGAACUCACUUGCGUACAUAUGAUGGAUCAAAAUCAUUAUCUCACCCCGGCGCCGCCAGUCAGCCAGCCAGCCCCUGUGAAUUUUGUGGCUUUAUCAUCAUCAAUUACACAUUACAGUCUCAGAUUUGGUUAAAAGGACGCUUAGGCCAGUCUGGUAUGUCGCUUUUGGUUGUUGUGUUUUAUGCAAAUAGAAGAAGAGAAUGAAGAAAGAAGCAUUAGGUUGGAUUGGCUAAAGCACUCAUUUGGGAGGAUGAGGCGUUACCCAAUCCGGUGUAACAUAAUGUACAAUUCGUAUAGGGGAAGAUGGAUGAAAAAGGAAAGUUGUUCAGGUGUUUAAUUGGUUCUGUGUCUCUUUUUUGCGCAGUGUAUUGUGAUAUAACAAAGGGUAUAGAGGUUAAAUAGUCUGAUGGGUUGGGUUGGUUUGGUUUGUUUUCUGGUAUUGUGCACAACCAAGAAGCAAUUCAGAACUUUGUUCUUGUACGCACCAUUUUUAUACGCACCAUUUUUGCCUUUUUCCUGCAUUUUUUUUAGUAACGUUUGGAUACAAUUCGGUAAGAAAUCCAUUUUCAUUU